ACUCUCAUAAAGUGUUUCAAAUCCUCCAAGCCUACUCACUCUCCUUGUUCAGAUAAAAGUCCCAAAUCUUUAAAAAAACCAAUGAGUUCAGAAGGACCAGCAACCAAGGGCGGUAGAGGCAAGUAUAAGAACACCAAGUCGGUGACUCGAUCACAUAAGGCUGGUCUCCAGUUUCCAGUAGGCCGAGUCGCUCGCUUCCUUAAGAAAGGCCGAUAUGCGGAGCGUGUUGGAUCUGGCUCUCCGGUCUAUCUCUCUGCUGUCCUCGAGUAUCUUGCUGCUGAGGUUCUGGAGUUGGCUGGAAAUGCAGCGAGGGAUAACAAGAAGAACAGAAUUAUACCCAGGCACAUUCAGUUGGCUGUGAGGAACGACGAAGAGUUAAGCAAGUUGCUGGGGUCUGUGACGAUUGCAAACGGAGGUGUUUUGCCUAAUAUUCAUCAGAAUCUGCUGCCCAAGAAAACAGGGGCCAGAAAGGGAGAGAUUGGUUCCGUAUCUCAGGAGUUCUAGGGAUUGUGAGAAUAGUUUAGGAUGAUUUUGUUGAUAUGCAUCCAGUGGAAGUUGGAUUCCAUUCUUUUGUGUAAAUCCCAGUUUGGACUAAUGUUAAAAAACUUUUAUCUUUCCUUCCAA